UCGCCCGCUCCGCGCUCUCGCCAUGGCCUUCGCCACGCGCCGGUUCGUGCGCGCCGCCUCCUCCGCCGCCGCCACGGCGGCCGCCAAGAAGCUGGUUAUCAAACAUGUGACGGUCAUCGGCGGCGGCCUCAUGGGCGCCGGCAUCGCCCAGGUUGCAGCAGCCAGUGGUCACACGGUGGUGUUAGUAGACCAGUCAAAUGAAAUCCUUAAAAAGUCUACAAAAGGAAUUGAGGAGAGUUUGAAGAGAGUGACAAAAAAGAAGUUUGCAGAUAAGCCUGAGGCUGGUGCUGAGUUCAUUGAGAAGACCUUAAAGAACCUCACAACGAGCACAGAUGCAGCAGCAGUAGUCCACAGCACGGAUCUGGUUAUAGAAGCCAUUGUGGAGAACCUGGAAGUCAAAAAUGAACUCUUCAAGAGGCUGGAUAAGUUUGCUCCAGACCAUACGAUAUUUGCAAGCAACACUUCAUCCUUGCAAAUCACAAACUUGGCUAACUCGACCACCAGGCAGGACCGAUUUGGGGGUCUCCAUUUCUUCAAUCCUGUGCCUAUGAUGAAGCUUGUGGAGGUCAUCAGGACUCCAAUGACCAGUCAAAAGACUUUUGAAUCUCUUAUGGAUUUCAGUAAAGCAGUAGGAAAGAGUCCUGUCAGUUGUAAGGAUACUCCAGGGUUUAUUGUAAACCGUCUCUUGGUGCCAUACAUGAUGGAAGCUGUUCGACUUUUUGAGAGAGGAGAUGCAUCAAAGGAAGAUAUUGAUGUUGCUAUGAAGCUUGGGGCUGGCUAUCCCAUGGGUCCAUUUGAACUGCUGGACUACGUUGGGUUGGAUACCAGUAAAUACAUUAUAGAUGGAUGGCAUUCAUUAGAGCCGAACAAUCCUCUUUUUGCACCCAGCCCACUCCUGAAUAAACUGGUAGCAGAAAAGAAGCUGGGUAAGAAGACUGGAGAAGGAUUUUACAAAUACAAAUGAAUUCCACACCUCAAGAGGUGUUAAACUAUCUGUGUGCUAUUCAGCGUUGCCAUAUUACCGGUGAAUUCUGUUUAAACCUACCCAAGGAUGGCACAAGGUGCAUUUAGAACAUAACCCACCUCUGAACUGAGUGAUUGCACUAGCUAAUUAUGGUCAAAACUUGAUUUGGUAGAUUAUUUUUUCUUGUAAUUCUGAAAAGCUUUCUACAUACAGUGCCUUCAUGAAAUGUCAAUUUUUUCAGGUGCAGUACGGAAUGACAAGUGAAUUUAUCUAUUAGAAACAUUAUUUCAGUGAUGGGAAAUAUCCUAAAAAUAACCUCACUUUCUUAAAAAUAAAAUUUUCAGUAAUUCUGUAUUGAAUGUCAUGGCUUGCAGUUGGUGUACUUGGAUGGAGUCCACUGGGUGGCAGUCUCUUUUCACACUGGCAAACGUAGCAGCGGAAAGGCAGUAAGUUGUUUUGUUAGGUUUUUCUUAGGUGCAGUGCUAAUCUGUAGGUGUAAAUUACAGUGCCUUGGACAAUAAUUUUUUGAAAGUCAUAUUUAAAAAUAAAUUAAAAAAUCCCACAAUGGCAGGCUGUGACCCAGACAGAAGGUUCCCAAUACAGCAUUUAAAAGCAGAGCUCAUCACUUCUGUUGGGAUUUUCUAGCAUAUUCAGGUGGCAGUUGAGGGCCUACUUUUAUUAGGUGCUGUAGAACGAAAAUGAAGAUUUCUAGGUGAUUUCUAUUCUGAAGGGCCUAAGCUAGGAAGCUGGUGAAAGCUUCUGUAUGUUUUCUCAAGUCCUGUAAAUUGACUUUAUUAAAGUGUCAUUUUUACACAGUACACUACUACUGUAGUUGAGUACUUUCAGGAUUGCAGCUGGGAGUCUGUGCUAUGUAAACAAAUACGUGUGUCUGGCUGUGUGAGGCACCUUCUGUUUUGCAACUUUAUUUCCGUGGGGCUUAGUGGAGCCUGAAUUUGUCCAUGGUGGGAGCUCAUCAAAUCCUGUCUUUAUUCCAAAUACUGCAAAGCAAGUGGGCAUGAGGGUUGGUGUUCCAGUUCAACUGAGUGGUAAUGUUCCUUUACUUUGUGUACAAAGUGCUUACAUAUGUAUUUUUUAAUUAAAGAAAUGAUGAAUAAUUAUU